AUGCCAACUAAUCCAACCUCUUGCAUCGAAACUCUUAAUAAGCAAUGGUACAAACUUAGUAUAGCAAUGAAAAAGGCAGCCAAUGAAACAACAAAAGUUACACCUCACACCUAUUUGGCAUUCACCAAAAAAUCAAUACUACUCUAUACUGCAUUAAAAAAUCUAAACAAAAGCCUACACAUACUUAUAUCUACUAAACCACCUACCUUACUACAACAAAUUAUUAUACAAAUUAACCACCUACUAAAAAAAACACAAACAUUAACAGAUCUUCCUAUUGAAAUUCUUAGCGAAAAUAGUCUAACUUAUACCAACUUUAGCAAUACUGUUAACUAA